ACAAUUCUGCCGUCCCUGUUAGUCUUCUUUUGUUGUUAUGUUUCUCUUUUUUAUUCUUCUUCAGAUGCUCAAUCUCAUCACUCAUUACCAUUAACCACACAAUUCAAUUACUAAAACAAACCCUCUUUUACUUCCAUUUGUUACACACACUUCACUAACCCUCUUUAAUUCAAAAAGCUCUUAUUUUUAUUCAUUUUUCCCCUUCAACUCUCACUCUGUCUUUUUUCACUCCCCCCUCUUCCAUUCUUCUGUCAAAACCCUAGAUUUCACAUCUGGGAUUUUGUUUUCAGACAUGAUUUUAGGAACUGCCAGCUUGCAAGUCUGAGUUUUUUGUCUGCAAUCCGAGCUUCUCAUGUUCCUGCAUUUGUUUUGUAAAACAUCAUAGUUCCCAGUGACCCUUGCCAUCAAUGAUGAUACUUUUUGAGUCAUAAAAACUACUUCCUUUCUGCUGGGUAGCUGUAUUUGAUCUUUUGCAAGGGUUAUUUUAAGUGAAGCAAAACCUUUGUUUCGGCAUACACUUACCAAUGUCUUCGAGCUUGUUCAUGAAUAUCUAUAGAGCUAUGGUGCUUUUAGAUAACUUUCUUUUUUAGUUGCUUUUGGGUUAAAAAUCUUAAAUUUUUUCAUCAUUUUUUGUGUCUUUUGCUUUUUGCCCACUAGGGCAAAACCUGUUUUAGCAUCCUCACUUCUUUGUUAGCUUAGCAAGUUGGUUUUGGCGGAGUUUAACUUCUAACAUAGUUGCACAGGUAGUAGAAAGUUUGUGUAGUUAAUCAGUAAAUGCAUGGAUGGGAGAGAAGCUAUGGCGUUCUCUGGUGGCCCAGCUUCAUAUUACAUGCAUAGAGGAGACGUUGUAGGGUCUGGUUCUGGAACACAGGCUGGGGGAGGGGGGUUCCAAGCUUCACCUGGGUUCAGAGCUUUGUCAAAUGCUGGCAUUCCAGUUCAGUCCAAUGCUAGGGCUCAGGGUGGUUCUGUAGGUUCCAGUUCCACAUUUCCAGUGGAGCCUCCUCAGGCUCAUGCCAAUUUUAAUCAUGGCAUUGGCAUUGGUGCCCCUCCAGGGGCAACCUCAAGUGAGCCUGUGAAAAAGAAAAGAGGGAGACCUCGAAAAUAUGGUCCUGAUGGACCAGUUUCUUUGAGACUGUCUCCAAUGUCUGCCCCUCCUAAUUCUGCACAGGGUUCAACCACACCUUCUCAGAGGCGCGGUAGAGGGCGCCCACCAGGAUCUGGAAGGAAGCAACAGCUGGCUGCUUUAGGUGAAUGGAUGAAUAGUUCAGCAGGAUUGGCCUUUUCACCUCAUGUUGUCACCAUUGGAGUUGGAGAGGACAUUGUGGCUAAGUUGUUGUCCUUAUCACAGCAGAGACCAAGGGCUCUGUGCAUCUUGUCAGGCACUGGGACAGUUUCUUCCGUUACUCUGCGACAGCCUGCUUCUACCAAUGCGAGUGUAACUUAUGAGGGACGAUUCCAAAUAUUAUGCUUGUCUGGUUCUUACUUGGUUGCUGAAGAUGGUGGACCCCCCAAUAGAACUGGUGGCAUUAGUGUUUCACUUUCUAGCCCUGAUGGUCAUGUUAUUGGUGGAGGCGUUGCUGUACUUAUUGCUGGAAGCCCAGUGCAGGUAGUAUUGUGCAGUUUUGUGUAUGGUGGCUCAAAGACCAAGACUAAACAAGUGACAGCUAACAAUGAUGAAAGUUCUGAGCCUCAGGACAGUGAUAAGUUAGCUUCUCCAGCCAGUGCCCCUCCUAUUCAAAACUACAUCCCUUCUGCAACAAACAUUUGGCCUGUAUCACGACCGGGAGACCUGAAAAGUGCGCACACACAUACCGGCAUUGACUUGACUCGCGGAUGAAAAUUUAUCUUGGAAGAGACAUUGCAGUUUUGUAUAUACCUGUUGUAAAUGAACCUGAGCUUGUGAGCAUUUGUGACUCUGCUUGUUAUUCCCGUUGUUGGUUGGCAAGGUUUGCACUAACACAUGCUGAAACAGAUGAAUUAUUCAGGGUUAAGUGGUGAUUCUUGGCAUAUCCAAAAAUGACUGGAGUUGAGUUACCUAGAGGACUAUAAGCUCAAUUAUUUGCCUGAGACUGGGGGCCAUUAAACUACUUCAUUCUUGGUCAUAGUUGAUUUGGUUGAUUCCUCCACAAAAUAUGCAGACUUAUGGUGCUUAACUGCAACAGUAAUCCGUUUGUUUUGGUGCUAGUACACGUUCUAAUUUCCUAGUUGCUUAUUCAAGCCCCGGCGUGCAAGCUGGCUUUUUAAUUACCUAUUACAGGAAUGUUAAUUUUAGUGGCAUUAUAAGCAUAAAUGCCGAAU